CCUUCGCCUCUGAAAACCCAAUACUAAUAGGCGACCAACCGGAAGAUGUAGGUCUUUGUAGCAUUAUCCAACCUCUGGUCAGCUUCGUUGAUAAUCCAAGGCAGACAAUAUGUCUGGCUCGAACAUGGCAGCAAAACCCUUGAAAAGGGCUCGACAAGGCGAGGCAGAUGAGCAAGAAAGAGUCGUCAGGAACCGCUCAAGCGUUGCUUGUCAAGCGUACGUACAUUACUCAAAACCCGGACUGGAGACCUGAGAUAAACGUGCUUGGCUCACUUGGGUAUUCCCGACGAUAGGUGUCGAUUGGCCAAGACCAGGUGCGACAUCAACCCGUUCGCGCCUCCGUGUACGCGUUGUGCUGCUGCGUCAAUUCCCUGUCACGUCCCAGAAAGCCGUAGAGGGCGCAUGAAGGGGAGCAAGAAGUGAGUGCACUAUAUAGACCUCCCAUGUCCCAGCCAGGCCUGUGAUAACUCAAGCCACAAUCUGAUAGUUUCCGAACAUGGCAGCAAAUCUUGGACGUCGAACAUACAGCAACAUCCGAAAGUUCACACGAGCAAUCCGAUCCCCACUCGCACUCGGGACCCGACAAUGUGGGACAAGAUGGCGGCGAAAGUUCAGAGCCUCACGGACCGGGAGCAAUCACGCCGCUGGAUCCUCAUAACUUGAUGAGGAGCCUCGAUCAGAAUUUGCAUGGCAACUCGAGCCGUUUCACGAGAAAGCUGCUACGAUAUCUGGGGGAACAAUUUCCGGUGGGUAAUGAAAGAGAGCCACAGAAUAUAAAUGAGGUAUCGGGUGGUUUCCAAGACCUGUUACCAUCCAUCACUAAGAUCGCCAAGCAAGGAUGGGUGCUGGACGAGAGUGGACUGGCCAAGAGAAUUCGUCAUGUCACUUCGCUACCUACCAUCGAGUUACCACUAGAGGAUGCGCAGCUGCUGAAGCACUGGACGCCGCAGGCUCUACAACAGGUUGUUGGUGAAAUGACGAGGUACUUCGAGUAUGGCCUCAGGGGCUCUAAGCACGACGUAGCGAGGGACAUUGACCCUCUACAGAGAGGCAUGAUAACCGAAUCCAGGGCCACGGCAUUGUUCAAAGCAUACUUCAAAAUGGUUCAUCCUCAGUGGUCGAUGCUUGAUCCCAACUUACACACGCUCGACUUUGUCCGCCAUCAAUCUGCCCUUCUCACUACCACUAUCUUGGCACUUGGCUCUAUUGCCAUCGCAACUCUGCCAGAAAGCGAUGACGGCCACGUUGUUGAGGCUCUGAAUUUGCGUGCUCACGCCGAGAAGCUGAGUCUAGUCGUCUACUCGACAGGUGCGCGCUCCUUGGAGAUAGUACAGGCUCAAGUGGUGAGACGAGGCAGCACCCGUCAGAAUCUGUUUUAUAUCUCGGCUGAUGGUUAAUGGCAGUUACUAUCCCGAUUUGGGGGGUCCUCAAAAACACGGCUAGACGAACAGCGAUGGCUCCGUUCUGCUAUGAUUCCACGCAUGGCAGCUGAGAUAGGACUUGGCGGAUCUGGUUCACGCGGUCACUGUGAGAAUUCGCCUGACCAGGUGGCGGAUGAUCACUGGAACGAGUUGCGAACUCGAGCAUUCAUGAUACUAAAUGAGUAUCGAUUUUCCACGUUUUCUGGCCGUGCUCCCCUGGACAUGUCCUAUUUUGAGCUCCAAGAAGCUGAUAUACAAUCUAUUUCUGCCCUUGGUGCUGAUAACCCAUCUUCAAGUCUGCCAGCAUUGUAUCAUCUCUAUCUCUUCCAGAGAGAAGUCGGACGAAGGCUUGGAAAAGCCUCCUCGGCGGCCUCUUCCACCGCUUUGCAGCUCGAGGCCGAUUUGGCCUGGGUUGUGCAUUAUACCGAGAAAUGGGUCGCAAGGUGGUGCGUUGGAAAUUCCAACCCUGGUGUCCGCUGGCAUCUUGUUCAUGAUGCACUGAGCUGCCAGCUUCUUAUGUCAUCUCGCAUUAUUGGCCGACUACCGCAAACUGAGGGACAGGCGGCCCAUAAGAAAUAUUUGCUGGAUAUAGCCAUCCGCAUUUUCCAAGAAGCCCUCGACGCUCCUCAAGGAACGCACAUGACGCACCGGGCUAGUAUAUUUCCUUUCGCGGGUGCUCUAAUUCUUCAAUGCAGUGAUAGGCGUGACCUUGUCCUUCGACUUGCCCUUCGAAUGGCCGGUCGCCCUGACAAGCAGUAUGUGCCUACCUUUAUACGAAGUGCUGGCAACCAGCUGCUAGCCAUGCUUUGUUCAAAUCAUGAUCAGCCUCGGCCACGGACGCAGCCAGUGAAGAAACCGUUCCAGACACCCAACUUUGAGAAAGAGAGCUGUCCAGGGGAUGAGGCACGUAAAACGGAACAUCACGCAAUCCCUCGAGAUUAUGUUCAAAUCAACACCCAACCUUCAGGCUCUAAGUGUAGCUCAGACCUUGAUACUGACUUAGAUCUGGCUCCGUCCUCGCAGAGCCAUGGCUUCGAAGUCGCCCGAGAGAAUGCAGUAUCAUCAGAGCGCAGUCGUGGAGCUACGCUACGGACUGACGAGCACAAUACACAGGCGACUGGGCUGCAACAACCAGCAGAGAUGCCGGAGUCCGAAGACUUGGCAAUCAAUAUGGCAAUCCCAUUCUCCCAAGAGACUGCAGCCAAUACCCAGGAAAACAUUCACCUCAACACGGCUCAGACUCAUACCGGAGACUUUCUCAGCCUUGAUACCUGCUGGGAUUUUCCGUAUGCCCCUACCACGUUAAGCCCAAAUGUACCUCUCUUCGUUUCGCACGAGCCCAUUACGGACCUUGACAUGUUGAUGAGCGGGGGCAAAGUUUGGUCUUAUGAGGACGUGAGCCAGCAACAAGAUGCAUUUGCUUCCAUAGCCCCAGCUGAAACAAGCCCACCGAUACAGCAAUACUUGGGUGUCUUCUCAAGGUCUGGGGGGAACUUUUUUACCAACGAAUACGUAAACUUGGCACCAGGUGAUGGCGAGUUUGGAACAAGGCCGCCAAGAUGGGACACCUGUUCCCCUGUGUACAUCGACCCCACUGCCGGUGGUGAUGGGCAGCAGACGUUGGAAGAGCGUCAGGAGUAUCGACAGACUCUUUUCCAGACCAUCGGUCGGCUCCUGGAGAUAGCAUCGGCAUCUUGACUGAUUGGAAAAACUGAAGCCAAAGCCUUUAGAUACUGUCGGGUAUACAAAGGUCAAGUAGUGAAGAUUACCAGCGCGUAGUAUAUGUAUAUUUGUAUGGGUAUAUUCAGUCUAAACUCAUUAGACCAUCAGGUUAAAGACCCUUAGUAUAGAUAUCGCCCUGUUCUAAUGCGUUGAGUAACGGCUGGUUGUUUUUGAACCGCCGGAUGUUGUCACAGAUGAUCUCUAUAGACCGAGCCGUGCGAUCUGGCAUUCCCGGCGUCGAGUGAGGCGUGAUAACCACAUUGGGUAACUUCCACAGAGGGGACUGCUCGGGCAAUGGCUCAACUUCGAAUACAUCAAGUCCAGCUCCCGCAAUUUCGCCAGCCUUCAGGGCGGUUACCAAAGCGGUUUCAUCAAUCAAUGAGCCUCUCCCCAUGUUAAUGAUGACAGAGGAUGGCUUCAUCUGCCUGAACUGAGUCGCUCCAAACAGAUGAUAUGUCUCGUCGGUGAGGCUAGCUGCGAGCAUUACAACAUCGCACCCAAGAAGUCCCUCUAUACUGUCUCCAUUCUCGGUACUCAGCAUGACGUCGACGUUAUCAGGUAGCUUGGAGUCGCCACUGAGCUUUCUUCGUUUAAUAACGGUAACGUGCAUGCCAAAGGCUCUGCCCAACAGGGCCAUCUCCUUACCCGUAUUGCCAAAGCCCAGGAUGCCCAAGCUCUGGCCCCAAAGAGCACCCCGCAGGCGCAGCUCCUCACGUCCAUUAUGCCACUGACAGGACACCUGACGCUGGAACAAGCCCCUGGAGUCGUACCUUAAUGAAAGAGCGAAGAAAAAGGCAUGCUGAGCAAGUGCAGGUGAUGAGCGGCCCGCUGAACUGGUGAUGACUAGGCCUCGCUCAAACACCUCGGGGCGGGCCGAUUUGUUGAGACCAGCGUGAUCACAAUGAAUCCAGAUCAGAUUUGGCGCAUCAGAAAGCAUGCCUGGGGUGACGUCGCUGGCCAAUAUGGCAAUUUGGGCACGCUUAAUGGCCUGGUCAAAAAUGUGCUGCUCGCCUCUGCGGAUAUGAACAAACUCGGCUGGCUCAAAUGCUUUUCGAAUGAUGUCGAUUUCUUGAGAGUCCCACUGGACAGUGGCCACGACCACAAGAUCCUGAUUUAGCUUCGACAUGGCGAACAGGGGCGGAUGAAUGGAGUAAACGACUCUGGAAGCGCCCUGCAGAUACACGAGACUUCUAGAUGAUUGGUGUGGGCUAGAGGGAACGGAGGGCUGGAGUGUUCAAGGUAAAAGGGUUACAUAUCUUGUUGCGCGGCUCUUCCUCGCCAAGAUCUAUCAUCUCUCAAGUGUAAUUG